GCUAUAAACGCACGCCCUGCCGUCGUCUCGUUCUCUCUCACCCCGUCGCUCAGCAAGGAUUCACUCGGCUUUUCUCACUUCCAAUCACCCGUUCGCAGACUAAAACUCACCACAGUCACCAUGCCUGGAGACUUCAACGGAAAGUGGGUCACGUGCAAGGCCGAGGGCUGGGAGGGCUUCCUGAAGAAGUUCAACAUCCCCACCGACAAGAUCCCGGCCGACAUCGUGGUGACGGAGGAAAUCACCCAGAGUGGCGACAAGAUCACCAUCAAGUCCAGCAGCAACAAGGACGACAAGGUCAAGGAGGUGAUCAUCAACGUGGGCAGCAACCACAAGGAUGCGGUAGCGGGGGGCAAGGAGCUGGAGUUCACCACAGCAUGGGAUGGGGCUAAGCUUGUCAUGAAGAACGUGGAUGGGAAAGGAGGUGGUGUUAUCCGUGAGAUCACCGGGGGGCAAAUGCUGCUCACGCUGGAUGCUGGAGACGGGGUCAUUGCUAAGAGUUACUACAAUAAAGCCUAGUCGCCGAAUAGACCACGAUAAACAAAAUGAACCCCAAUCCGAGCUUAAUUCAAAUAGAGUGAGUUCCUCGCAAUGAGCAGUGUCAUUGGGUUAUUCAAAGCCUAGUUUUACAGUAAAGGAAAUCUCUUCGAAAUUCUAUUGGAAAAAUAAAGGCUUAAAGCGCAAGCUACGCGAGGUGUUUUAAUCAGGUCAGAUUUAGUAAGGAUUCAUUGAUGAGUUGGUUUGGGGCGGUUUUUUUUGCUUGUCAAAUUUUGAUGUGGGUAGAUUUCCCCCAAAAAAAUUAAAUAGAGUUACAUUCCAAAUUCUCUCGUAUGCAAUAUUGUUUGUAAAGACGGUAGUGUUUAGCACAAAGUAAGCUUCAGCAAGUCUCGUCCUUGGGAUGAGUUGAAAAUUCAUGUUCCAAUUACUUGAUUCGUCAGAAUCACAAAAUGUUUGUGAAUUGCUGUACUUAACAUUCCAUGUUGUUUUCAAACGAAAUGUACUAAAAUAUGUCCAUAUUUGAGUGAUAGUGUCAGUGCAUAGAGUAGUACCAGUGUAGCCACCCUGAAAUUUCUACAGCUAGGCCUGCAGAUUUGUGUUUAAUCUUCUUUUUUGCUUUUUUUUGCACUUUUUCGACUCUUGAUUUCGAACAGAUGUGAGUGGCGCACUCAUGAGGACAGUAGGACAGAUUGCACACCUAAACUGUCUAUUGCAUUCGUACUUCUACGAUCAAGUGAGCAGUUAUCGAUAUGGGCAUAAACCGUUUGAUUUUUUUCUGAGAACGUUAUGCAAAAAGUACGAACAAAAAGCUCCUCUAUUUACUGUCCUCGUUGAAUUGCACCAGACUGGGUCUUUAUUCUCGUACAAUUCCUUGAGCCCUUUUCCUUGUGUGAAAAGAAUGUUCCGUUAAUGCUGGAAAUCGCAGGUAAUAGUGAGUUGUUUCUGGUUCGGUCCAGUGUCGUCUCCAUGCAACAUUACGAGGACGCGCCCUCAUUGCAAGGCUUGUACUUGUUUUUCUUAUAUAGAAAUGUUUAAAUUUGAUAAGAGUUUAUUAAAAGUGUGAAGCAAAAUUAUAACUCUC